GGCGACACACACCCAGACACAGCAGCGUUUCAUCGUUUACUGGAAGGGCCAUUAUUAGUAAACACACAGAAGCCCUGACCACCGCGCACAUCCAGUUUUAGCCUCCAUCAUCUACAUCUACUGCCUUUCAUUCAAUUAUGGAGACCGAUGAGAUGAGAGCAGCAAAAAGACGCGAACGUCAGUCAGGUUCCAGUAAACAUGCCUUUCAUGAGGCUGAAGCUUUGGAGAACACAGACAAUGAGCUCGGCCUUUGUGGUUGGCUGUUGGUUCUGUUCUCCCUCCUGCUUGUGUUGGUUACUCUGCCUCUGUCCAUAUGGAUGUGUAUUAAGAUUGUGAAGGAGUACGAGCGAGCCAUUAUCUUUCGCCUUGGCCGCAUCUUGAGGGGAGGAGCCAAAGGACCAGGCUUGUUCUUCAUCGUGCCGUGCACUGACAGCUUUAUUAAUGUGGACAUGCGCACCAUCACCUUCGACAUCCCACCGCAGGAGGUUUUGACCAAAGACUCAGUGACAGUGAGUGUAGAUGGUGUGGUGUACUACCGGGUCCAGAAUGCUACUCUGGCUGUGGCUAACAUCACCAAUGCAGACGCUGCUACUCGGCUACUGGCUCAGACCACCCUGAGGAACGUCCUGGGUACCAAGAACCUUGCUGAGAUCCUUUCUGACCGUGAGGAGAUUGCACACAGCAUGCAGUCCACUCUGGAUGAUGCUACAGACGACUGGGGGAUCAAGGUGGAGCGUGUGGAGAUCAAAGACGUCAAGCUGCCCCUUCAGCUCCAGAGAGCCAUGGCCGCCGAGGCUGAGGCCAGCCGCGAGGCCAGAGCCAAGGUGAUUGCCGCAGAGGGAGAGAUGAACGCCUCCCGGGCUUUGAAGGAGGCAUCCCUGGUGAUCGCAGAGUCUCCGUCAGCCCUUCAGCUGCGUUACCUCCAGACCCUCAACACCAUCGCCGCCGAGAAGAACUCCACCAUCAUCUUCCCGCUGCCACUGGACAUGAUGCAGGCCUUCAUCAAACAAUGAGGAGGACGAGUCUGGAAAUGCAUCGUAACCUACAUCGGAACGUACUACACACAGUGUGCGCCAGUAAAACACAGACACAUAUUUAGACAUUAUUCUUUUCACACAAUGAGUGACAACACACCUCUUAUCAAAUCUUAUAUUAACAGUCACACUUAAUAAAUACUGAAACCAACACCGUCCAACAUGUGUUGACAUUUUGAGUCUGUGUAAGGUGACACCUCCAUAUCUACAUUAAAAACCCAAAUCUGAUACUCAACCAAAAUAUACGUAAAGCAAAAUAACUGAUCACAAGUCAGUGUUUGCCUUUAUUACAUGAAAUCACUCUAAAAUGUUCUAAAAGUACCAGACGAGAAGAAUCAGUCUUGGCGUUUCUGUUUUCAGUUCUAUUUGGUCACUGACUAAUUGGACUGAGCAGCCAAUCAGAGGACUCUCUGCCGAGUCGAGCCAAAGCCAGUGCUAAAUCCACUCGGUUCAGUUUAUGUGUUUACUCAGCACUGACCAAAACAGGCGCUCACUGGACUAAGCCAUAGUGCAGCAGUUUAUUUAGCUUUUAACCUCAACUUUGAGUUUUUAAUUCUGUUUAGGCCCAAAACCUCCCAUCAUCUGUUACAAACAAGUGCCUGUUGGAUACGUGGCCUUAGCGGAGAUUAUAUAAACAUGAGAUGAGAAGGAGAAUCUAAACCAGCCCACAUUACUUAACACACAUUAGUAUUAUUACCCAGUGAGUAUUUUGUAAAAUGUUCUCACUGUUCUUGAGCGACAUGGUGGCGACUUUUUAACCUGUUACACAAACCCUAUUUGUACAGAACUCUUCUCAUCUUUGGUUUAUAUCUGUGGGCCUUUAACACACCACGAUACAUUACAUAUGUCUGAAUAUAAUUACAUCACUGCAACCACUGCCAUCAUUUUAGUAACAUCGUCAUUUUAUAUCCAAUAUGUCCACAAGACAUGUUUUAUUUCUAGCUGUGCAUAAACAUUAAAUCGCUUCUUACCCUAGGGUGUCUUUGCGCCAGUGCAUGUUUUCAUUCUAAAUGUUUGUCGUAACCCUGAAGGUUCAAAUAUGAAACCGUUAUUUAGCUGAAUGACUUUUGGGAGAUGAAAACAAAUUGCUGCUGUAGAUUUGUUUUAGUAUAUGUACAUGUGGUGCACUGACUCAGUGCAGAGAGGUGGGAAGUGGGAGGAGCUGCUAGAUUUGUUUUUCCGUUACAACGUUCAUGAAUCUUCAUUAAACAUUAGCUGUGAGUUGCAUUUGCCAUGAAAAAUAAGCUAGUAUUAAACUCAGUGUCUCAUUGUUCUAGAUGACUGUAAAAACAUCAGUAUAUUGUGCCAAAAUUGCCUCAAAAUCUAAAAGCUUGUAGUUUUUAGUGUACUGCACUGAAUUUACAACAUUUUGGAAGAUGUUUUUGGCAUUUGUACACUUUUGUCAACACAAUUUUUAAGCUUUAAUAAGCUGUAUUGAUGAUUCAACCAUAUGGAAUCAGAUCUGUGCCAAUAUAAGUAAACAAAUCUUAUUAUAGGAAUAAAUAAAACUGAAACUGAAGACCAAAUGCAAAAAUACAGACUCAGCCUUGUACUGUUUGUUAAGGCUUUUUUUUUUCUCUUAUGAGAACUGAAGCAGCUCCUCCCACUUCGCAGCAGCUGCAUUAUUGUGAACAGUUGUGGAACCAGCCAGCGCCAGAGGAAUGCACCAAUGUUAAAAUAGCUCUUCAGGAUAUAUCAAGCAGCCGCAGCGCUACCCAGACAAUAGAUCGUACACAAACACACACUUUUCCUCUCCGUUAAACACACAGACAUCUUGUCCUUUUCCGUUCUGAUCGCUAUUGUUUAGAAGAUGACAGAACUGUUUGUUUUUGUUACUGGUCAUUGAGGCUGGAUUUAUUUGGUCUUUAUGUGACGGGGAUGCUGUCGUUCACACCCGGCCUCACAUUGUACAGCUCCAUGUUCGUUCAGGGCAACGGGUGCUGUUGUUGUUGUUGUUGUAUGCUGUGUUAUUUUUUUCCACCUCAACGGACUGUGAGUGAAACAAAUCUUUCAGCCUUAAGCCUUAAUGCACUACCAUCGUAUAUAUAUAUUUUAGUCUAAUCUCACAUCUCUAUGCAGCAUCUUGAAAGAACAGAACUCUUUUAAACCGCAGUAUUUUAUCACAUACACUAACAAAGCUAAUAGUUAAAUGUCUUUGUACUAAUCUUUGUGGAAACUGUCACGUAGUCAUUCUGUUUUUCCUCCUUUUUGACAUGUAACUGUCAGGAGUGUUGGUCAAUGUAACGUAGGUGGUUAUUGUUACAGUGUCUGGUUCAUAUCUGAUAUGUAAGUGUUACUAUAUAUGAAUAUAUACACAUAUAUAUAUUAUCUCUAUGAACAUGAGUUGGAUAAAUUUUAUUGCAGUUUGGUUUAAAGCUGGGGGUUCAGGUUUAUGAAAUAUAGAGACUGUUACUGACCUGUUUACAUGAUUAUAUAAAUUCAUUAACUGGGAGUGAUCAGUUAAUUGGUAUAAUCAGAUCAGACGUGUUUACAUGCACGUCAGAAAUGUGAUAAUCAAAAACCCCUGGUUUAGACAUUUCGUUCUAGUAUUGGAUUUCUUUUUAAAUACAUACAUAGCUAGUGAUGGUAGAAUCAAACUUCCUGUUUUCUUCCGCUCAUGAAUAUUACAAUUACUCUCAUCGGAUUUUUAUGGUCAUGUAAAUGGUCUCAAUGUCAUUUAUCUAAGGUUGUAUGGGGUUAUUUUGCUACAGUUGCUGAUGAUAUAUAUGUUCAUUAGAGAUGAAAAUGUCAACAAAAAGCCAUUGUAAUGUCUCAGAUUUCCCAUGAGCAUCAGUCCCAAAAACAUGAGAAAUACUGUUGUACAAAUGUAGUCUUUUCCUAAAAUGGACCAGUUAAGACAUGACAUUUGAGAAAAAUAUCCAAUAUAAUUCUAUAUUUAAGCUUUUGAGGAAAUCUAAAAACAGGAUUUUUUUUUUCGCCUUUGGUUGAUGAUAGAAUAUUGGUAUGUAUUUUGUUUAUACAGUUUGCUAAUGUUUGAUAUGAUUUUAUCUUGACAAUUCUUCAUAUAUAUAAAAUAAAGACAGUAUCAACAAUUA